GUCAAGUCAAGAAAAAGCAAUCGUACAUCAUACUGCCGGUGGCCGGUGGCCGCCCGCCCAGGUCAAACAAAGCUUCGGCCGAGCAUGGCCAUGGCCGCCGCGCCGGAGGACGGCGAACCGGAGCCCUUCUCCCCGUCUGUGUUCCUCGACCUGCCACCGACUCCCCGCGUCGAAGGGGAUGACGACGACCCGCCGUUGUUGACGGACGACCUGGUGCUCCCCUACAUCUCGCGCAUGCUCAUGGAGGAGGACAUGGACGACGACAGGUUCUUCUACCACUACCCCGACCACCCGGCGCUGCUCCAGGCCCAACAGCCCUUUGCCGACAUCCUCUCCGGCUCCGGCUCCGGCUCCGCCAACGGGAGCGGUACGACCUUCACGCCAUCAUCGCCAUCUUCGUCCUCCUCCUAUGUCAACGUCGUCGUCCCCGCGUUCGCCACCGCCACCUGGCCCUACGAUCCGCUCGAGCUCACCCAGCGGCUCACGGCCGGUGCUGCUCAAGAAGCAGGAUCCCAAUUCUUUCAGAGCACGGACAAAGGCAGUCAGAGUCGUCAUGUCCAGAACAGAGUGAGCAUGGAGGACAUGAUCAAUCAGGCCUUCCUCAAGGGCAUGGAAGAGGCCAACAAGUUGUUGCCUGGCACCAGCAGCAGUAGCAGCAACAAGGAUGGAGCGUUACUGUUCGGAGAAACUAAUCAUGGUCAUGGUAAUAGCAGAGGCCGCCGCAAGAACAGGCGGCAUGAUGACUUCUUGGAGGAGGGGGGCGAGACGGGCAGGAAGAGCAAGCUGAUGGCGCCGGAGCCGGAGGAGACCGGCGAGAUGGUCGACAAGAUGGUCAUCGACGGGUACAACCUGUGUGUAAACAAAAUGAAGACCCUGAGCAUCACUACGCCCACCACCAAGGAGGUUAAUAAUAAGAACAGCAGCAACCUCAGUACGCUGCUCAUCCACUGCGCGGAGGCGGUGUCCAUGGACGACCAUGCCACGGCAGCCCAGCUGCUCGCGCAGAUCAAGAAGCUGUCGUCGCCGAGAGGGGACGCGAACCAGAGGCUGGCGUCCUGCUUCGCCGAGGGGCUGGAGGCACGGCUAGCCGGGACGGGGAGCACGCUGUACAGUUCGCUGGUGGCGAAGCGCAGCACCUCCGUGACGGAGUUCCUCAAGGCGUACCAGCUCUACCUGGCCGUCUCCUGCUUCAAGAUGACAGCCUACAGGUUCUCCAACAUGACCAUCAGCAAGGCCAUCGCCGGCAAGAAGAAGCUGCACAUCGUCGACUACGGCGUGCUCUACGGCUGCCAGUGGCCGAAUCUGCUGCACUACCUGGCGAACCGGAGAGGCGGGCCGCCGGAGGUGAGGAUGACCUGCAUCGACCUCCCCGAGCCCGGGUUUCGCCCAACCGCGCGAGUCGACGAGACGGGGCGUCGACUGAGCAAAUUCGCCCGCCAGUGUGGUCUGCCGUUCAAGUUCCACGGCAUCGCAGCCAAGUGGGAGACGGUACGUGCCGAUGACCUCGACAUUGACGCCGACGAGGUGCUCGUCGUCAACAGCAUCAACAAGUUUGAGAACCUGAUGGAUGAGGCUGGCAUUGACGACGACAUACACCGCCCGAGCCCUAGGGACGUGGUGCUUCGUAACAUCCGGAAGAUGAUGAGGCCGCCGGCGGCGGCGGCGGACGUGUUCAUCCACUCCGUCGUCAAUUGCUCGUACGCCACGCCAUUCUUCGUAGCACGGUUCCGAGAGGCGCUGUUCCACUACUCGGCCAUGUUUGACAUGCUGGAUGCGACGGUGUCGCGGGACAGUGACCUGCGCGUGGCGGUGGAGCGUGACCUCGUCGGCUGGUGCGCCCUGAAUGUCGUCGCCUGUGAAGGAGCCGACAGGGUGGAGCGGCCGGAGACGUAUCGGCAGUGGCAGGCGCGGAACCGCAAGGCAGGGCUCAGGCAGCUGCCGUUUUUCCCGAAUGCUGAGAAGAUCCUGAGGGAGAAGAUGAGGAACGAGUACCACAAGGACUUCGUCAUUGACGUUGAAAACAAUUGGCUUCUACAAGGCUGGAAGGGUCGCAUACUUUAUGCCAUGUCCACGUGGGCUGCUGCAGAUGACAACACUAUCUCAUCAGAAUUGUAGCACAAAUUGUGUGACACUACAGAUCCUUUUUUUUUAAAAAAAAAAAGACUAACCUGUUGCUCUGUUUCAGAUUAA